AUGUUGGAAUUACCAAUGGAGACUGGCUACUUAGAGUUAGUAGAUGGUACAAAAUAUUAUGGCUUUCUAUUUGGAUCUUGCGAAUUUACCGAAGGGGAAGUCGUAUUUCAGACGGGAAUGGUUGGGUAUCCCGAAUCGCUUACAGACCCCUCGUAUUCUUCACAAAUUCUCACACUUACUUUUCCAUUUAUUGAAUCUUGCGUUGGUGACUUAGGUCUACCUAGUCACCUCGAGUCCGAUCGUAUUCAUGUUUCCGGUCUAGUCAUCUCUGAUUAUUCAUCACAGUACUCUCACAGAACUGCCACAAAGUCACUUCACGAAUGGCUUUUUGAUCAUAAUGUUUCUGGAAUAUAUGGGGUUGAUACUCGUUUGCUUACACAGCACCUCCGAUCACAAGGCCGAAUAGUUCCCACCUCAAUUACCCCUCCCCUUAAUUGGAUUGACUUAAGCAACUCAAACUUGGUUUUAAAAGUUAGCUGCACAUCCCAAAGAGUUUACAAUCCAAGUGGCGAUAUACAUAUUGCGAUCCUAGAUUGUGGUCUAAAGUUCAACCAGAUUAGAUGCCUUUCCAAACGUGGCUGCAAAUUGACCGUCUUGCCAUGUUCGUCGCAAUUUUGCCAAUUGCCAACCGACGAUAUUGAUGGUCUUCUUGUAAGUAAUGGGCCUGGAGAUCCAGCGCAAUAUGAUGAUAUUGUAAACAAUAUAUUGUGGUGGAUGACCGAAGUACGGAAACCAUUGCUCGGAGUGUGUUUAGGGCAUCAAUUAGUGGCACGAGCUAUAGGCGCAAAGACGUAUAAAAUGAAGUUCGGUAAUAGAGGUCACAACCAACCAUGCAUCCACCUAGAGACUGGCCGCUGUUUCAUUACCAGCCAGAAUCACGGAUACGCUGUCGACACCAGCACUAUCCCCUCCGAAUGGAUUGAGAUCUUCCGCAACGCUAAUGAUCUAUCAAAUGAAGGCUUGGCUCAUACACGAUUGCCUUAUUUAACUGUUCAAUUCCAUCCAGAACAUUGCGCCGGUCCAGCUGAUACGGAAUUUAUAUUCUCUGUUUUCGUUGAUUAUGUCCGCUUUCUCUCUAGAGGUCAGGAAUGCAGUUACUCUCUUAGAGAGGAAUUAAACAAAGCCAUUGUUUACAAGCAAAAGCCUCAUGAAAUUACUCUGCAAAAUAUUAGAAAAAGGUUAAAGAAGGUCCUCUUAUUAGGCAGUGGAGGUUUGUCCAUAGGUCAGGCCGGCGAAUUCGAUUAUUCUGGUAGUCAGGCGCUAAAAGCCCUUAAAGAAGAAGGAAUUCAAACAAUAUUGGUUAAUCCAAACAUCGCAACAGUACAAACAACUGUUGGUAUGGCCGACAAGACAUAUUUCUUGCCACUAACACCUGCUUGUGUCUCACGUAUUAUUGAAGCAGAACGCCCUGACGGAAUUCUUAUUUCUUUUGGUGGGCAAACAGGCUUGGAUUGUGGCUUGUCACUUGCUAAAACAAAUGAGGAAGAUAUGUUUGAUGAAAAUAUAGAACAUACAAAUACAAAUAUAGAUGCUGGAGUAUCAGAGGACAAACAAGUAAAAGAGAGUAUUCUUGAAAAGUUUGGAUGUCAAAUUUUGGGGACCCCGCUUAGUGCAAUCAUUUCAACAGAGGACAGACAAUUGUUUGCCAGUACUAUGAAGGAAAUUGGCGAGCAGGUUUCGCCUGCUAUGACGGCUAAUUCUAUCAAGGCAAGUAAUUCGUUGUCUUUAUUACUCCCAAAGGAGGCACUUUCUGUUGGUAACAUACUUGGGUACCCCGUUCUCGUUCGAACUGCUUUUGCCUUAGGCGGACUCGGUUCUGGAUUUGCCAAAUCGCCCGAAGAGUUGCAGCGGUUGGCUACAUCAGCUCUAGCUCAAACAAGUAAAAUCUUCAUUGACAAGUCCGUCAAAGGGUGGAAGGAAAUUGAAUACGAGGUUGGAUUUGACCUAUACUAUUCGAAAUCAUUGUGCGAUAAUCUUUAUUAUAAUUGCUUCUUAAAACUCAAAUAUGAAAAUCUCAAUUACGUUGAGUCUUACUUUUAUUCACACAAGGUGAUUCGAGAUGCUUACAAUAACUGUAUUGCAGUGUGUAACAUGGAGAACGUUGAUCCUCUUGGAAUUCACACCGGCGAGUCGAUCGUAGUGGCGCCUAGCCAGACACUCACUAACUUCGAAUACAAUAUGCUCAGAUCUGCCGCAAUUAAGGUAUUCUGCUAUUUGUGUUCCAUAAUUGAUGUCGACAAAUGUAUUAAUUUUUUACUCAUUUUAAUAGCUUAUAAGCCAGUAGCCAGUUUAAAAAACUCCUUAUUUUGA